GCCCUCCCCUCCCCUCCACAUCCAUGCAUGACCCUCUUUGUCUCCGGCUCCGUUUCCUGAUCCUCCUCCCUGCUCCGUGUAAACACACCCAUUGAUUUGAGUGGGAGCGCAGGCGGAGGAGCGCCACAGCAGCAGCGGAGCGACGCCUCCAAACAUCCUCCCGCACCGCAGCUCCUCUCUGCCGUUUCCUGCUUUGGAACCGAGCUCGCUCCCGGCGGAAAACGGCCCCCCUGUCGACCGUGUCUGCGCUCUCCUCUCGUGCGUAAAAGAAAGGAGUUGCCUCCGCGGGCGCACAGAGGCUUGCACCGUGGCUCUCUCAGAAGUGGCAUGUCCGAGGGAAACCGCGGGCGCAGUUGAACUCCUGCUUUCUCCCAGAGAGGAUUCAAUGAAAAUGUCCGUGUGCGUCCACGAGAACCGAAAAUCCAGAGCCAGCACUGGCUCCAUGAACAUUUACCUUUUUCACAAGUCCUCGUACGCAGACAGUGUCCUCAUGCACCUCAACUCUCUGCGGCAGCAAAGGCUCUUCACAGACGUCCUGCUUCACGCGGGCAGCCGCACCUUCCCCUGCCAUCGCGCCGUGCUGGCUGCCUGCAGUCGAUACUUUGAGGCCAUGUUCAGUGGUGGGCUCAGAGAAAGCCAGGCCAGUGAGGUGGACUUCCGAGACUCCAUUCAUCCAGAGGUCUUGGAACUCCUGCUGGAUUAUGCGUACUCGUCGCGCGUGGUCAUCAACGAAGAGAAUGCAGAAUCACUACUGGAGGCUGGAGACAUGUUGGAGUUUCAAGACAUCCGUGACGCCUGCGCUGAAUUCCUUGAGAGAAACCUUCACCCAUCCAACUGCCUUGGCAUGCUGUUGCUGUCUGACGCCCACCAGUGCACCAAGCUGUCAGAGCUCUCCUGGGGCAUGUGUCUUAGCAACUUCCCUGCUAUUUGCAAGACAGAGGAUUUCCUCCAACUGCCCAAAGACAUGGUAGUGCAGCUGUUGUCCCAUGAGGAGCUAGAGACAGAAGAUGAGAGACUGGUUUAUGAAGCUGCCCUCAACUGGAUCAACUACGAUCUGGAGAGGAGGCACUGCCAUCUUCCAGAACUCCUGAGAACGGUCCGCCUCGCCCUACUUCCAGCCAUCUUUCUGAUGGAGAACGUGUCAACAGAGGAGCUGAUCAAUGCUCAGGCAAAGAGUAAGGAACUGGUAGACGAGGCUAUCCGAUGUAAGCUUAAGAUCCUGCAGAAUGACGGCGUUGUCAACAGUCCAUGUGCUCGACCAAGAAAAACCAGCCAUGCCCUCUUUCUUCUGGGUGGGCAGACCUUCAUGUGUGACAAGUUGUACUUAGUCGAUCAGAAAGCCAAAGAGAUAAUUCCCAAAGCUGACAUUCCCAGUCCAAGAAAAGAAUUUAGUGCUUGUGCCAUUGGUUGUAAGGUCUACAUUACAGGUGGAAGAGGAUCCGAGAACGGAGUGUCCAAAGAUGUCUGGGUGUAUGAUACUGUCCAUGAGGAAUGGUCAAAGGCUGCCCCCAUGCUAAUUGCCCGGUUUGGACAUGGCUCUACUGAGCUGAAACACUGUCUCUAUGUCGUUGGUGGACACACUGCAGCUACUGGUUGCUUGCCAGCUUCUCCAUCCGUGUCCCUCAAGCAGGUGGAGCAGUUUGACCCCGUGGCUAACAAGUGGACCAUGGUGGCUCCUCUAAGAGAAGGAGUGAGUAAUGCGGCAGUCGUCAGUGUAAAGCUCAAACUGUUUGCCUUCGGAGGAACCAGUGUCACCCACGACAAACUGCCCAAAGUCCAGUGUUAUGACCCGCAGGAGAACCGUUGGAGUGUUCCAGCAUCCUGCCCGCAGCCGUGGCGUUACACGGCUGCCGCGGUGUUGGGAAACCAGAUCUUUGUCAUGGGCGGUGAUACAGAAUUUUCCGCAUGCUCAGCCUACAAGUUCAGCAGCGAGAAUUAUCAGUGGACAAAAGUGGGUGAUGUGACCGCCAAACGAAUGAGCUGCCAGGCGGUUGCAUCAGGAAACAAACUGUAUGUAGUGGGCGGAUACUUCGGAACGCAGCGAUGUAAAACUCUUGAUUGCUACGACCCCACCCUCGAUGCAUGGAACAGCAUCACUACCGUGCCAUACUCGCUCAUUCCGACAGCUUUCGUCAGCACCUGGAAACACCUCCCAGCUUGAAUCCAAAACUUCCUGCACCUUUUCCAUCAGAUUUCCCCGUUUUGCAUCAUCUACCGGUCUCCCAACUGUGAAGAAGCACACAUUCUCCAUCUUUGGAUCAGAUGGGGAGCAGUGAUGUACAGACGCCUUUUUGUUUUUGGGGCAGCUGUUUCUGAGGAGGAGGCCGGGACAUUCAAACGAACCGCUGCUCGCUCGGUGAGGCACAAACUCUGUGUCCUGUGCUUUCGUGCUGCAAACAUAUCACAAAACCAGUUCUUUUCUUGUUUAGUCUGUAUGAAAAAUAAAAAAGAAGCAUGAUGGGUAUUUGUGCGGACUGAAACGUGGGAGGGAGACUGGAUAAAUAUGGUUUAUUAAAGGCACAAUGAAGGAGCAACGCUCCCCCUCCUCCUUUAAGACGCAGAGACAAACCUUUAGCUGUCACCAGCGGUCACGAGGUGUUGAUGAGCCACACCAGCUGAUGUCGAGGGGAUCUGUGAGACGAGGAGGAGGGGGGGUUACGGUACCCCCCCAGGUUACGACCUUACAUAUCUGGAUCUGCGUGUUGACGCCUGCCAGGACUGUUUCCAGUGCCUGGAUUGAAGGCUUCAGAAGGAGCGAUGUCACUUUGAACUGUACUCUUAAUGCUGUAUUAGACCGGCUGUGCUUCUGAUCAAAGCUUGCUGAGUCACAGUGAACGACCUUUUUUUUUUUUUUUUUUUGGAGCAUGUCCAUUCAUAGUGAUUCAGUCAAACUCUCUGCAGAAAUCACCUUAACACAACUGAGAAUAUACCCAUUUUUUCAUAAACUUGCUGCAAUGUAGUCUUAAUUUAUAUAGAAAUGGUAACUCUUAUGUUAAAAUAUUUUUUUUCCUUCUCUGCCUGCAUCCGUAUGUGAAUGUAUGUUUGGGUUGUGUCCUGCAUGGCCAGGUGUUGUAUUUUUUAUAUUUUUUUGGUCUCAGUGGGGCUGCAUUUUGCACAGUUCAACCCAUCCCAGGAGGAAUUUGCUCUUUUGCUCAGAGUUUUUCAGCAGUUUCAGGGUGGAUGGGAAAGGAGCUACUCGCAUUUCCAAUGACAUAAGCGCAGAUAUCACACAAAAAAAAAACUUGGAACUUGGACUCAAACAUGAAAGUUGGAUUAAAAAAAAAAACAUCAAUAAAUGACUCUGCUAGAUUGGUAGUUCUACUACAGAACUCUGCAGCUGCACCGAGGACAGCUGGAGGUACUGAGUGUUAACCCACAGUUGUUCUGACCAUUUGGUUCUUCUACCCAGAAAGCUGUGCAUUGCUAAGGGCAGACACCGCAGUGCUUUUCACCAUAGUGUCAUUAAUGCACGUUAAAAAUAAAAUAAAAAAGAGAAAAUCUGCAAGUUCCUGCAGACCAAAAAGCAGUAAAAUGUCUUAAAACACUCUGUGAAUAAUCCGUGUAUUUGUCUUGUCUGGUCGACCUGAACAUUGACUUGUUACAACAGCGUUUGGUUGUAAGAGGUAAUGUCUUGGUGAAAUGUGUAUAUUUUUUUUUCUUGCUUGUGGACUCAAGUUCCCGCUCAGCCCCCUUUAAGCUGCCCUUAAAUUCCUUUUAUUGUGAAUUUCGAGACUUGCACGGAGACCAUUGCAGCUCCAUUGUGUUGACCUCAUCAAACCGCCGAACUCAAGAGACUCAACCAAUCAGAUGAAAGCAUUUCUUUCCCACAGAACACGGGUUUCCCCGGCAACGGCAAGUAAUGAAUGCCCCUUCAAUUUGCACCUAAUUGUCGAGUGGCGUUUCCCCAUUUCGGCUCGGUUUAAUCUAGGAUUCCAGAAAAUACUGUCAAGUGUGCAUCAAUCUUUUUUUUUUUUUGUCGUGUAAAGUUUAAUUUCUAUUUUUUAUGGUGUUAUUUUGUACAUGUGAUUUUUUUCACAAUGUGAAAUUCAUGGCUAAUAAACAUAAGAGUUUUUUCCUCUUAA